AGAUCUUGGAGGAUUUUCAUAUUGCACUCCCUGUUUUUUCCGUCAGGCUACAAUCGCGGCGGAUUUGUUUAGAAGAUCCCUCUCAAAACUGCGAUUACUUAAUCCACCAUCAGAAUAUGUCACAACAUCAUCUCGAAUGCUGACGAGCCUGCACAAUCAUCGAGCAAUGACACAGAAUAGCACUUCUGGCUGCACUCCUGCCAUGCACGUUGAAUUCUCCUAGUCGUCGAAGUCAUAUCACAAAUGCAAACGUGGUCGAUAAUUCCACAUGCUGUGAACGGCUCUCAACUCAUGGAACCGCGGGUGACUUAGUGGCAAGUUGAUGCUCCUGAAGAAGCGCGCCACUUUCCGAGCGGUCAGCUGACAUCAGAAGACAAACGGAACAAAACGACAACGAGGGAAGGAGGAUAAUGCGGACGCAGUUAAGACAUGAUGUGAAGCGGUUUACUCAUUUGUGGUGGGUAAAGUAGAGUUAAGUCCGAAAUUAGUGUGAGGAUCGUAAAAUCACGUCGCAAGUCUCACCGAUUCCCUAGAUCUUCGUGGUGUAAAUUCACCUUUGCAUCUGCUAAGUUAGCGGAGCAGCGUCGGACGUGGUAGGUGAGCCUUCGAGGACAUUGGCAUUCGGUCUUUAGCGGUAGACAUGAGAUGAGUGCGAUUGAAACACGAAACAAGCUCGUGCUGAAGGACCCUAGCAACCAGAUUGCGACAGAUGGCUUUCUAAGUGGUAAGACAGGGAGCAGAAUGAAAAAACCUGACAGAUUUUUUGAGAAAAUCGUCGAGGCUCGGGAAGUAGCCGGGGGUGUAGGCGAAUUGCGCGAUGAGAGGCCGGGGUCCUCUCUCGCGGAUUUAGAAAGACGCGCGAGAGCUGCAUCAGGCGGACAUUUGCAGUAUUCCAAAAGCAUUGGGCGUGAGAUGGAAGAGCGACUGCCGUCGCGAAUUCGGUUCGACGAGACCGGGAGGAGGGGGUCGGAGGCGCAGCAGGGAAAGGACGUUGGGGUGGGUUGGCACGAGGGAUCUGACCAGGACCAGCUGGAGAAGGUCAGUUUGUUGAACCAAGAGCCCCCCUCAGGGAUUACCCCACACAAGAGGUGGCGGACGAAGAGUUUGGACAUGGGGUAUGGGAAGGCAAUGGACUCCUCCGGCAGCUUGUGGCGGAAACAGCCGAAGGAUUUAGCGAUAGAGGUGGAUCCUGAGAAUACAGGUCCCGGACCCUGGACGCAGAAGCGGGGCAGUUUGCCUCAUCUCCCCGAGACGCACAUUUACUCGCAGUCGGAGUCCGAGUUGAGCAAGGAUAACUCGGCUAUGAGUUCCAUGAAGCGGGGUGUUUCGCAGGUGGACUCGGAUUCGACAAACUCCUCCCUACGCUUGCCGGCAUUGUUGUCUCACCUUCCCUCUUCGGGCGAUCAGGUCUCGGGGUUCAUGGAGAAUCCUGCAUUUGCCGUUGAGGGCCCGAAGAACUAUGGGGAGAAGCUCGACCGUGGCGACGAGAUUGGGAGUCUCCGUCUGCGCAAGACGAGCUCUCACAGUAGUCAGCGCCACUCAUUUCGGGACGAGGAGUUGGUUGUCAAGUCCUCUGCGAUACCUGCGAGUCAUUACAACAGAGCGAAGUCGAGAUUUGCUGAGCCAAGGAAGCCAUUUGAUCAGAACAGCGGUAGUCCACGGAAGUCGGGAGGCGCGCGAUCCGGCCAGCUGAAGUCCGGCCCGCAGAGGUCACAGCAGCUACGAUCAGGGAAGCUAUGGUCUGGUCAGCUAAAGUCGCAGAUGAUGAAAUCGGGGAUGAUUCAGCUCGGGCGCGUGGAGGAGGAAGAAGAAGACCCCUUCAAGGAUUUGGACAUGCCAGAGCGCCCUAAGUUUCGGAGGAAACUGACAUGGAGUGUAUGUUUGGAGUGGAUAGCGUUCUUCGUGCUGCUCGGAGCUGUGAUUUGCAGCAGAAUACUACCCCAAGCAAGAAACUUAGAGUUGUGGGGGCUUUUGCUUUGGAAAUGGUUUCUUCUAGCGCUGGUGAUUGUUUGCGGUCGUUUAGUCUCCGGAUGGGUGACCCGAGCGUUAGUUCUUGUUUUCGAGAUGAAUUUCUUAAUGCGGAAGCGGGUGCUGUACUUCGUGUAUGCUUUGCGGCGGGGUGUCAGGAACUGCAUUUGGUUGGCGUCGGUGCUGAUGGCAUGGAAUUUUAUGUUCGACUCAAGAGCGCAGAAAGUCAGCAGAAAACUCAUGUACGUCACCAAGGUUUUACAAUGCAUUCUUCUGGCGGCAGUACUGUUCCUCGUAAAAGUGUUCUUAGUAAAGUUGCUUGCGUCGUCCUUCCAUGUCGGAACAUACUUCGAGCGGAUUCGCGACUCGCUUUUCAACCAGCAUGUGUUAGAGGUUCUCUCUGGGCCGCCCGUAGUCGAGAUCGAGAGGAUGAAAGAGGACGACGAGAAGUUGCUGGAGGAAGUGUCUCUGCUGAAAAAAGCUGGCGCAACGGCCAAGGGUUUGGAAGGGUUGCCAGGAAUUAGCGAGAACAAUGAGACUCAAAAGUCUAGAAAACUGAGUAGAAGUAAGACCACUCCCGUCUCAGGGGAGGUCAAGGCAGGAUCUGGUAUUACUGUGCAACACCUGCACAAGCUCAAUCGGCAGAAUGUGUCAGCCUUCAACAUGAAGCGCCUUGUUAAUUUGGUCAGGUCUCAGGGCGUCGCCACUUUUGGUCAAGGACUUGAUGGCAAUGCUGAAGAAGAAAUGGACACUGAGAUCAGGAGUGAGUGGCAGGCUAAAGCUGUUGCCAAGGAAGUUUUCAACAAUGUUGCAAAACUUGGCGCUUCCUGUAUUACUGAGGGAGAUCUGAUGCGGUUCAUGCCAGAAGAGGACGCCAUACGUGCGCUAGCUCUUUUUGACGAAGCCAUGGAGACGGGGAAAAUUACAAAGAAGGCUCUCAAGAGCUGGGUGGUGAAUGUGUACCAGGAGAGACGCGCACUUGCUCUAUCACUCAGUGACACCAAGAGUGCUGUUAGCAAGCUCCAUCGCAUGAUCGAUGUUGUCCUGUCCAUAAUAGUGCUCGUCAUCUGGCUUCUUAUCUUGGACAUCGCUACCACGCAACUUCUGCUAUUCGUCUCGUCUCAGUUGGUACUUAUGGUUUUCAUCUUUGGAAACACAUUAAAGACUGUGUUCGAAGCCAUUGUCUUCGUUUUCGUGUAUCACCCAUUCGACGUUGGAGACCGCUGCCUCAUCGAUGGAGUCAUGUACGUGGUUGAAGAGAUGAACAUUCUGACGACGGUCUUUUUGGGAGAUUUCAAUGCCAAGGUCUGGUACCCUAAUUCGGUGCUUGCAACCAAGCCUAUUUCAAACUACUACCGAAGUCCAGACAUGGGUGAUAUGUUUAAGUUCUUCAUUUCUUCAGCCACCCCCGCAGAGAAGAUUGGACGGCUCAGAGAGUUUAUCGGCAGAUAUAUCACCAGCAAGCCUCAGCACUGGAAAGAAACUUUCACUAUUAAUUGUAUGGACUGUUCACCCGAGCACGGAAGAUUGGAACUUGUUUUGGGGCUUACGCACACAAUGAACUUCCAAAACUUUGGAGAGAAGACGGCCCGAAGGUCUGAGAUAAUCUUGGAAAUGAAAAAAGGCUUUGAAGAGCUUGGCAUCGAGUAUCACCUUCCUACCCAAGAAGUGCAUGUAAAGUCUGUUGAUGGAUCGACAAUCAAUCUCAACCGACCUCUGUAACUGUACUGGAAAAGGAACGAAAGUGGUGCAUCAGCAAUUCAAUCCUCGAAGUUGCGAUAGUAACUCUACCAGUUUGUACCCGUAAUCCUUAUGCCCGUAACGUGUACUAUACUGGGAAACGAGUUGCACAUCCCUGAUUGCAGGAUUCUUAUUCUGCUGCAGUUUCAGCCUCAGAAUCCUUUGGAUUAGUAAUCCACAGAACUUAUCCGGAGUGGAAAUUACAACACUCCUUUUAGCCUGACAGCAGGCUGCCCAAAGACAUAUGCAGACUGGCAAACGUAAAAUGCCGUCUCAAUGUCGAAGACGUUUUGUAAGGUGGGUGUGUGAAUCAUUCACCUCAGCAGACCACGUAUCAUGAGAAAGCAUGUAGGUUAGCAUAUAAAUCAGGGGCAGGUUUUUGUGAAAAGUUGGUUCGUACAUUGUGUUCGGAGAGUGUCUUUCGAUCAUUCAGCGCCAGGUGGGCAACCUGAACUUCGGACCCGAACCUAGAGAGCUGUGUGGGUAAAUCUCUCUUUCUUUCGUGUUCUGAUAUAAAACACUGUCAUAUUCCCUCAGGCUGCCCAGUCUUCAUCUUUAGGGCGAAGCCCUAUAGUAAAUUAGGUCGUCAACGUCUCUGAUCUGGUAAUCACAAUUUAAGUUCCAUUA